AUGCCGUCAUCAGCAGCAGCUUCGGCAAACUACAGCUUCUGCAGUGUCCUCUUCCUGACCCUGUUCAUCGUGUGCCUAUUUCCCGGGCUCUUCAACUAUAUUAUCACGCUUCCCUUCUCCUUCCUGUUCGCGUCCUCCAGCUCGCCGACCCCGCCAUCGCAGCCCACCCACACACCAACCAUGUCGUGGUCCCAGAAGCAGUUCACGCUGCCCCCCAAGUCGAGAGGGUCCUACCUCAUCACCGACCAUGUAGUGCAGUCGCUCCCGGAGAUCAAGCAGUACAAAGCGCAGUGUGGUGGUGGUGGUGCUAACCCGGGCGCAACUCUCCAGGUCGGCCUCCUCAACCUGUUCGUGCAGCACACGUCGUGCGCGCUGAGCCUCAACGAGAACUGGGACGACGACGUCCGCGCCGACAUGAGCGACGCGCUCGACCGCAUCGCCCCCGAGGCCGGCCCCAAGGGCCAGGACCUGUACCGCCACAGCGCCGAGGGCCCCGACGACAUGCCCGCGCACAUCAAGAGCGCGCUGAUCGGAGCCAGCGUCACGGUGCCGAUCAAGGACGGGAAGCUGGUGAGUGGACCCGACCGAACAUUACAGCUGCAACCGGUACGUGGCAAGGAAUCUGGUAUCUGGAGUUCCGGGCGAUGA